UAGACGGUGGUGCACUGCAGCAGAGAGAAGGUGCUGCCUCUGGCUGGAGAUCAGAAAUCCUGACCCCUCACCCUGAUUUACUACCAGGACCCGGCUCUGAGGGGGUUUCCUGGACGCUCUGUGGACAUCUGUGCAGAGACCAGUGGAUCAUCUGCAAACAUGUCGCCGUUCCUGCGGAUAGGCUUCUCCAACUUUGAGAUCGAUCCGGGUUUGGCGUACUAUGAAGAGGUGCUGAACCCUUACUGCGCCGUGUACAUGAAGGAAGCCAUAGACACAGACAAGGGCCAGGUCUACAAGCAGAAGAAGCCCACCAUGUACCCCCCGUGGAGCACCACCUUCGACGCCCACGUCCACCCGGGGCGCAUCAUGCAUGUGAUGGUGAAGGACCGCACGGCGGAGCUCAAGUCGGAGGCCACGGUGGCUCUGGACUCGCUGGCCGUACGCUGCAAGAAGGAGAACGGCAAGCUGGAGAUCUGGCUGGAGAUGAAGCCUCAGGGCCGAAUGCUGAUGGAGGCCAGAUACUAUCUGGAGAAAAGCGACGCUGCGGGCCAGCCCGGCGCUGACCCGGAGUCCGAGCGCGGCAGAGACGGCCUGUUCACCCUGCACCAGCGCCGCGGCGCCAUCAAACAGGCCAAAGUCCACGUGGUCAAGUGCCACGAGUUCAGCGCCACGUUCUUCCCUCAGCCGACCUUCUGCUCCGUCUGCAAAGAGUUCGUCUGGGGUCUCAACAAGCAGGGCUACCAGUGCAGACAGUGCAACGCUGCAAUCCACAAGAAAUGCAUCGACAAAGUCAUCGCCAAGUGCACGGGUUCGGCUGUGAACAGCAAGGAGACCAUGAUCCACAAGGAGCGCUUCAAGAUCGACAUGCCCCACAGGUUCAGGGUCUACAACUACAAGAGCCCCACCUUCUGUCAGCACUGUGGGACCCUGCUGUGGGGCCUCGCCAAGCAGGGGCUCAAAUGUGAGGAAUGCAGCAUGAACAUCCACCACAAAUGUCAGAAGAAGGUGGCCAACCUGUGUGGGGUCAACCAGAAGCUGAUGGCAGAAGCUCUGGCCGUCAUCGAGAGUCAACAACAGGCGAGAACUACAAAAGAGAGUGAAAUCAUUGGUCGAGAAGGUCCGGUCGGUGUGGGCCAGCCGGGCGUGGUCCGAGCGCCUUCGGGUCUAAACGUCACGUCGACGCCUGCAAACAAAGAUCCGAUGGGCGUUCUGUGGGAGGGACCGGCGGAUGUCAGCAGGUCCAGUCCUGAGGAGGUCCCAGAAGAACCUCUGUACGCCGUUCCAAAGAAGGACCAUCAGAAGUUCCACAUCGACGACUUCAUCCUGCACAAGAUGCUCGGCAAAGGCAGCUUCGGAAAGGUGUUCCUGGCCGAGCUGAAGAGGAGCAGGAAGUACUUUGCUGUGAAGGCUCUGAAGAAAGACGUGGUGCUGAUGGACGACGACGUGGAGUGCACGUUGGUGGAGAGGAGGGUUCUGUCUUUAGCCUGGGAGAACCCGUUCCUCACUCACCUGUACUGCACCUUCCAGACGAAGGAAAACCUCUUCUUCGUCAUGGAGUAUCUGAACGGAGGAGAUCUCAUGUUCCACAUCCAGAGCUGCCACAAGUUUGACCUGCACAGAGCCACGUUCUACGCCGCGGAGAUCAUCUGCGGCCUCCAGUUCCUGCACUCCAAGGGGAUCAUCUACAGAGACCUGAAGCUGGACAACGUGCUGCUGGACUCGGACGGACACAUAAAGAUCGCCGACUUCGGGAUGUGCAAGGAGAACAUGCAGGAGGACUCCCGGACCUCCACCUUCUGUGGAACGCCGGACUACAUCGCUCCUGAGAUCCUGCUGGGUCAGAAGUACAACAGCUCCGUGGACUGGUGGUCCUUUGGGGUUCUGCUCUAUGAGAUGCUGAUCGGUCAGUCUCCGUUCCACGGACGCGACGAAGAGGAGCUGUUCCAGUCCAUCAGAACCGACACUCCAGUUUACCCCAACUGGCUCACCAAAGCAGCCAGAGACCUGAUGGUCAAGCUGUUUGUCCGGGAACCUGAGGAGCGUCUGGGAGUGAAGGGAAGCAUCAGGCAGCACAGCUUCUUCUCCAGCAUCGACUGGGUCGCCCUGGAGCAGCGGCAGGUGGCGCCGCCCUUCAGACCCACUUUAACGUCUCCCAGCGACUGCAGCAACUUCGACAAGGAGUUCAUCAACGAGAAGCCGCGGCUGUCCUGCGCCGACCGGACCCUCAUCAACAGCGUGGACCAGACCAUGUUCAGGAACUUCUCCUUCGUCAACCCGGGGAUGGCCCGGCUGGCCGCGCGCUGACACCAGAACCGCCCCGCAGAACCGCCCCGCAGAACCGCCCCACAGAACCGCACUCCAACCCAAUCAAACUGCAGAGACUUCAGACUGUGAACGGCGACAGAAAACUACCGAGCUCAGCGAUUUGUCCGGUUCUGGAACUUUAGCUGUGGAUCAAACUACCGGUUCCCUCCUUGAAAUGACUGAAGCUGAUUCUCCUAUUUAUGCUCAGCUUACAGACUCUAAACGCACAGCAAGCAUGUAUUUAUUAAACCACCUGUUCUCCAGACGACAGAGGAACCAGAACCAGAACCUAACGUUAAACUUACCUCAACUAUUAGAUAUUAAAGUGAUUUAUACGGGUGUUCACGCGGGUCCUCAGUCCUUCACACUAGGGACGGCGUAUUUGA